UGUGAGAGUGGAGGGUGUGCUUUUGCUGCUCAACUUUGAGGAAGUCCAGCUCAACUUUAUCUUUACUGUGUCAGACAAGGAAGCUGCUCAACAUGGAUCAGUCGCACUGAGGUUGCGGCAGUGACAAGUGCAAACCCCGGGGACCAGGCCCGCCCAAGAUCAACUGGAUCUGUGGGUGGAGAUCCAGAUCAACAGUACAACUGCUCUCUGAAGAGUGAUCAUAUCAGCAUGGAAGGCUUCAGCUCCAAGGACUUGGCCAUGAAGGCCCAGAAAAAGAUCCUUAGCUCCAUGGCCAGCAAAAGCUCAGUUCAGAUGUUCAUCGACGACACUACCAGCGAGAUCCUCGAUGAGCUCUAUCGGGUGUCCAGGGAGCAUUGCCAGAACAAGGCUGAGGCUCAGAAGGUGAUCAAAGACCUGGUUAAGAUUGCAGUAAAGAUCGGCGUUCUGUUCCGGAACAAUUGCUUUAACAGAGACGAGCUAUGUGUGGCCCAGGACUUCAAGAAGAAGCUGCAUCAGGGUGCCAUGACUGCCAUUAGCUUCUAUGAGGUGGACUUCACCUUUGAUCAGAGUGUGAUGUCUGAACUUCUGUCGUGUUGCCGGGAUCUUCUGCUCAAGUUAGUCCAGGCUCACCUGAAACCUAAGUCUCAUGGUCGGAUCAAUCAUGUAUUUAAUCAUUACUCCGACCCUGAGCUCCUGAGCAGACUGUAUGAGCCUUCUGGACCCCUGAGACCAAACUUGACCAGGAUUUGCAGUGGACUCAACAAGCUUCUGGAAGAUGGGACGAUAUGAUUGCUCGUUCAGAUCGCAUACUUGAGCCGCAAAAUUGAACAAAUGGACAUCAACGCUUCAUAUAGCUCAAAAUCUGGACUGCUUUGUGAUUGAAACUGUCAUGGGAGGUCGACUGGAAGUUCAGGGAGAAGUUCAACCUAAACAAUGUUUUAUUCUAUGAAACUAGGGACCAACCACAGCAGCUGGAUCAUCAAGUGGCCAAAGUUCAAGUAUUCAAAGCAAAACCUUCAGACUUUUCUAAUUGUCCUGAAGUUAUAAAAGCUUUCCAACAGUGACUGUGAUUUUUGUAAUAAAAAUAUGUUUUUU